AUGGACCGCCACAACCUUCUCUACCAAUCCCUGCUCGUCUGCGUAGUCACCAUAGCGCUGAUCCGGGUCCUGAUCAAGCUCUUCCUGACGAGGCCGCCUAAGGUGAGGCUCCCGGCGGGGCCGUGGAAGCUGCGGGUCAUCGGCAGCAUGCACCACCUCGUCAACGCGCUCCCGCACCGCGCGCUACGGGACCUCACCCGCGUCCAAGGCCCGCUCAUGAUGCUACAGCUAGGCGAGAUCCCACUGGUGGUGGUGUCGUCCAAGGAGAUGGCCCGCAAGGUGCUCAAGACGCACGACGCCAACUUCGCCACCCGCCCCAGGCUCCUGUCGGACAUAGUCUUCUCACCGACCGGUGAAUACUGGCGCAAGCUCCGGCAGCUUUGUGCCGCCGAGAUCCUCGGCCCCAAGCGUGUGCUCACCUUCGGCCACAUAAGGGAACAAGAGAUGGCGACUGAGGUGGCAAGGAUACGAGCUGCCGGGCCAUCCACGGCGGUGUUCCACAACUUGGCCAACAGCAUCGUCGUCCGUGCAUCAUUCGGCACGUGCAGAGGCAAGCCGACAAGUUCCUGUCGGCAGUCAGUGCUGGCGUCGUCAUGGCGAGCGGGUUCACGGUCCCCGACCUGGAGACCCGUGCUCGCCGCGGUGACCGGCAUGCGCCGUGCCCUCGAGCAGAUCCACAGGACGGUGGACACCACCCUGGAGAAGAUCAUAAAGGAGAGGAGAGGCAUCUGGGGCAGCAAGCGGCGGCAGGGCGAGGAGGACGAGAACCUGGCCGCCAUAUUCGACAUGUUCGCGUCUGGAACGGGGACACUAGUAUCAGCGCUCUGCUGGGGCAUGUCAGAGCUGAUGCGGAACAAGAGGGUCAUGAGCAAGCUGCAGGGCGAGAUCCAGCAGGCGUUCCAUGGCAAGGCGACGGUCACCGAAGCCGACCUCCAGGAAAGCAGCCUCCCCUACCUGAAGCUCGUCAUCAAGGAGACCCUCCGGCUGCAUCCGCCGGCUCCGCUUCUGGUGCCCAGAGAGAGCAUCGAAGCGUGCGAGGUCGAGGGCUACACGAUACCAGCCAGGUCCCGUGUCGUUGUGAAUGUCUGGGAGAUUGGAGGGGGCCCAAAGUGCUGGGAUGACGCCGAUGAGUUCAAGCCUGAGCGCUUCGAGGAUAGCAUGGUGGAUUUCCAUGGGAGCAGCUACGAGUACCUGCCGUUCGGUGCUGGACGGAGGAUGUGUCCCGGAAUCGCCUACGGGCUUCCCGUCAUAGAGAUGGUACUCCUGCAGCUUCUCUAUCACUUCAACUGGUCGCUGCCAGAUGGUGUGAACGAGCUGGACAUGUCGGAGGCGCAUGGCCUCGGACUCCGUCGCAAGUCGCCGCUCCUGCUCUGCGCCGCACCGUUUGUCGUUCCCGAAUCUACGUGUGAAAGUACUACCUCGCUAAACAAGCUACCUAUGCAUGGACACCGUAUAAAGAUUAAUUUGGUCUGUGCAUGA